GCGAAGGGAUGUGGACUCUUGUGGGUCGGGGCUGGUCGCACGGCCGCGCGCUGGCAGUGUGGGCCGCAGGGACCGCACAGCGGGGCCGCCUGGAGCCUCUUCCCACGCCGACCCGUGGGGCCCCUGCCGAGUUCAGGGCUUGGGACAGGCUCUACACCUCGGCUGAGCGCAAGGAAAAAAUUGACAUGUCUAGAUUCUCUGUUGAAAAUAUUAGAAAUUUCAGUAUCAUUGCACAUGUGGAUCAUGGCAAAAGUACUUUAGCUGACAGGCUUCUGGAACUAACAGGCACAAUUGAUAAAACAAAAAAUAAUAAGCAGGUUCUUGACAAAUUACAAGUGGAGCGAGAAAGAGGAAUCACUGUUAAAGCACAGACAGCAUCUCUUUUCUAUAAUUGGGAAGGGAAGCAGUACCUUUUAAAUCUCAUUGAUACACCGGGCCAUGUGGAUUUUAGUUAUGAAGUAUCCAGGUCCCUCUCUGCAUGCCAGGGUGUUUUACUUGUGGUUGAUGCAAAUGAGGGUAUUCAAGCCCAAACUGUAGCAAACUUCUUUCUUGCCUUUGAAGCACAGCUAUCGGUAAUUCCAGUUAUAAACAAGAUCGAUCUGAAGAAUGCUGAUCCUGAAAGUGUUGAAAAACAAAUUGAAAAAGUGUUUGAUAUUCCAGGUGAUGAAUGUAUUAAGAUUUCUGCUAAACUUGGAACAAAUGUUGAAAGAGUUCUUCAGGCAGUCAUUGAAAGAAUACCUCCUCCCAAAGUACAUCGCAUAAACCCCCUGAGAGCUUUGGUAUUUGACUCCACCUUUGACCAGUAUAGGGGCGUGAUAGCCAAUGUAGCGUUAUUUGAUGGAGUGGUUUCCAAAGGAGAUAAAAUUGUAUCUGCACAUACUAAAAAGAUACAUGAAGUUAAUGAAGUAGGAGUUCUGAAUCCUAAUGAGCAGCCAGCACAUAAACUAUAUGCAGGACAGGUGGGCUAUCUGAUUGCUGGGAUGAAAGAUGUCACUGAAGCACAAAUAGGAGAUACAUUGUAUUUACAUAAACAACCAGUGGAGCCCUUGCCUGGGUUUAAAUCAGCGAAACCAAUGGUAUUUGCAGGAAUGUACCCUAUAGACCAAUCUGAAUAUAAUAAUCUGAAGAGUGCUAUAGAAAAACUGACUAUAAAUGAUUCCAGUGUGACGGUUCAUCGAGAUAGUAGCCUUGCCUUAGGUGCUGGCUGGAGGUUGGGAUUUCUUGGACUUUUGCACAUGGAAGUUUUCAACCAGCGACUAGAACAAGAAUAUAAUGCUUCUGUAAUUUUGACAACCCCUACUGUUCCAUAUAAAGCUGUUCUUUCAUCAGCAAAAUUGAUAAAGGAUUACAGAGAAAAGGAAAUUACAAUCAUCAAUCCUGCACAAUUCCCUGAAAAAUCAAAAGUAACAGAAUAUUUGGAGCCAGUUGUUUUGGGUACCAUUAUCACACCAGAUGAAUAUACUGGGAAAGUAAUGAUGCUUUGCCAGGCUCGAAGAGCAGUUCAGAAGAAUAUGAUAUUUAUUGAUCAAAAUAGAGUUAUGCUUAAAUAUAUUUUCCCUUUGAAUGAAAUUGUGGUGGAUUUUUAUGAUUCUUUGAAAUCCCUGUCUUCUGGAUAUGCUAGUUUUGAUUAUGAAGAUGCAGGCUACCAGACUGCAGAACUUGUAAAAAUGGAUAUUCUGCUGAACGGAAAUAUUGUAGAGGAGCUGGUAACUAUUGUUCACAAAGAGAGUGCAAGCAGGGGAGGGACAGAGAGAGGGAGACAGAGAAUUCGAAGCAGGCUCCAAGCUCUGAGCUGUCAGCCCAGAGCCCAAUGUGGGGCUGAAACUUGUGAACUGCAAGAUCAUGACCUGAGCCAAAGUUGGAAGCUCAACCGACUGAGACACCCAGGUGCCCCAAGAGACAAAGCACACUCUGUUGGCAAAGCCAUAUGUGAACGUCUGAAGGAUUCUCUUCCUAGGCAACUGUUUGAGAUAGCAAUUCAAGCUGCUAUUGGAAGUAAAAUCAUUGCAAGAGAAACUGUGAAAGCCUAUAGGAAAAAUGUUUUGGCAAAAUGUUAUGGUGGUGAUAUUACCCGAAAAAUGAAACUUUUGAAGAGACAAGCAGAAGGAAAGAAAAAACUGAGGAAAGUUGGCAACAUUGAAGUUCCAAGAGAUGCUUUUAUAAAAGUUCUAAAGACACAAUCUGAUAAGUAAUUGCUGGAAAAAAAAUAUAAUGAAUUUUCAUAAAUUAAAAUUUGUGUACCUUUUUUCUUAGUAACUGUAUAUGUUGACAACAGAGUGAAAAUUAUAAAACUUGCUUGUUGCUUUCAGGGUUUUUGGGUUUAAAUAACCUAUUAGCAGGGGCACCUGGGUAACUCAGUCGGUUAAGUGUCCUACUCUUGAUUUCGGUUCAGGUCAUGAUCCCACGGUUUGUGAGUUCGAGCCCCACAUUGGGCUCUGUGCUAGCGACUCAAAACCUGCUUGGGAUUCUCUUUCUCUCUCUGCCCCUUCCCCACUCAUUCCCCACCCCCGCCCCCUCAAAAAUAAACAAAAAUAA